GAAAGCACAAACAAGUCCAAUACCAAUAAUAGAACAAUAGCACUUGAACAAACAAACCCUAAUUAGAUUAGCCUUCAAUUCACUUAUCAGUUAUCACCAAAAACCAAAAAUGAUGAUCAAAAACCAAUCUCUAUUGUUCUUCACAAUAACACUACUAAUUUCCACAACCACUAUAGCACAAUUAUCACCAUCUAUAUCCCCAGUAGUUCAACCAAACCCUAAACCAACAACAACACCAGCAGCAUCACCAAAACCAUUGGUACCUUCAUUACCAAGCAACUCACCAAGUGAGAACAUUCCAGACACACCCACUGUUGAUGUCAUCGCCAUUCUGAGGCAAGCAAAGUCAUUCAACACACUCAUCAGACUCAUGAAGAUCACCCAAUUGAUCAACCAACUCAACUCUCAGCUCAUCACUUCCAAGUCCGGCGGCCUCACCAUCCUUGCCCCCGACGACGCUGCCUUCUCCCAACUCAAACCCGGCUUCCUCAACUCUCUUUCCGAUGGACAGAAGCUUGAACUCGUGCAGUUCCACGUCAUCUCCGACUACGUCUCGAGUUCCAACUUUGACACACUCACAAACCCGGUCAGGACACUGGCCGGCGCUAAACCGGGAAAGGUGGAACUCAAUGUGAUAAGCUAUGGCGGCAGUGUUAACAUCUCAACCGGAGCAGUUAACACUACAAUUAAUGGAAUCAUUUACACUGAUAAGCAUCUUGCUAUCUAUAAGGUUGGUAAGGUGCUCCUUCCUUUAGAUUUCUUUGCGGUUGCUAAGACUCCUGCAAAGGCUCCAUCUCUGGCUCCAGAACCUUCUGGUUCCGCAAAGGCUCCUAAAGCUGAUAAGUCAUUGUCCCCAGAUUCCUCUACGGAAUCAUCAUCUCAGGUUAAUCCCACUGAUCAAAACUCUGGGACAAUGAAAAUCAGUGGAUGUGGACUUGUUCUUGGUGCAGUUCUCGUGACUAUAUUUUCAUCAUAAACCAGAAGAGGAUCUAAGUUUUUAUAAGCUACCAACCAUGAUGUUUAAUGUUCAAUAAUAUUAGUGUUGUGUUGUGUUGUGAUGUGGUAUGUGAUUGUGAUAAAUGUGUGUGUUGCUUGGUGGUGAGUUUUUCGGAGGGGGUUGGAUUAGGGUAUUUGAGUCUUUAGAGAUAUAUAUUUGUAUGUUUCUUUGAGUUUAUUCUAAUGAGUAUCAUGCUAUGAUGGCUUGUUUUUCUUCAA